CAUCAGCAUCAACUACCCAAAUCCAGACAAAAUGCAGCCGACAAGGUGGCUAUUGAAAGGCCGAUCGGUGUGGAAAGGGUCUCACAUCGUACCCCUCCCCAUCGUCCGUCCAGCCCGCGGCGAGGACCCCAAGCCGAUAAAGACGCAAGCCCGCGCCGCCACCAUCCUGCCCAGCUUCGUGGGUCUCAAGUUCCAGGUGUACAACGGCAAGGAGUACACCGACGUCGAAAUCACCGAGGAGAUGGUUGGCCACAAGCUCGGGGAGUUCUCUGUGACGAGAAAACCAUUCAUCUGGUCGAGAGUGAGAUAAAACGACAACGACGAGGUCGAGACAUGGACAUACCCCAACGGCGUUCGAGGCGAUUGGAGGGAAAUUUACGAGUUAAUCGUCUACUGUGUACAUACAUAUCACGCAUCAAGCCAUGUAAAACAGUACCAACAAUAUGGGCAGACAGAACAAACGU